GCGAGGCGAGGCGGGGCGGGGCUGACGCGGGCUGGGCAGGGCCGGCGCCCGGUGGAGGCACUGGGCGUGUACCCGGUCAGAAGUCAUGUUCGGCAGGUCCGGCUACCGGGCUCUGCCCUUAGGGGAUUUUGAUCGUUUCCAGCAGUCAAGUUUCGGCUUUCUGGGUUCGCAAAAGGGGUGCUUGUCCCCAGAGCCGGCCGGCGUGGGGCCGGGGGCCGAUGCACCUGAGAGCUGGCCCUCCUGUCUCUGCCAUGGCUUCAUCAGUUUCCUGGGGUUCUUGCUGCUGCUGCUCACCUUCCCCAUUUCUGGCUGGUUUGCUCUGAAGAUCGUACCCACCUAUGAGAGGAUGAUCGUGUUUCGACUGGGCCGGAUCCGAACCCCCCAGGGCCCUGGCAUGGUUCUUCUCCUGCCCUUCAUUGACUCCUUCCAGAGGGUGGAUCUGAGAACCCGAGCCUUCAAUGUUCCUCCUUGCAAGUUGGCCUCUAAGGAUGGGGCUGUGUUAUCUGUGGGAGCUGAUGUCCAGUUUCGCAUCUGGGACCCAGUGCUCUCCGUGAUGGCUGUGAAGGACUUAAACACAGCUACUCGAAUGACCGCCCACAAUGCCAUGACCAAGGCCCUACUCAGGAGGCCGCUGCAAGAGAUCCAGAUGGAGAGGCUCAAGAUUGGUGACCAACUCCUGCUGGAGAUCAAUGAUGUGACCAGAGCUUGGGGCCUGGAGGUAGACCGUGUAGAGCUGGCGGUGGAGGCUGUGCUGCAGCCACCCCAAGACAGCCCCCCUGUGCCCAACCUGGACAGCACCCUCCAGCAGCUGGCCUUCCACUUGCUGGGGGGAAGCAUGAGCUCAGUGGUAGGAGGUGCUCCAUCCCCAGGACCAGUAGACACCUUGGAAAUGAUAAGUGAAGUGGAGCCGCCUGCCUCUCAUGCCGGGGCUGGGGAUGAGCCCAGCUCAAAGCAGCCCGUGGCUGAGGGCCUUCUCACUGCCCUGCAACCCUUCCUGUCAGAGGCACUGGUUAGCCAGGUUGGGGCCUGCUAUCAGUUCAACGUCAUCUUGCCUAGCGGCACCCAGAGUAUCUACUUCCUGGACCUCACUGCAGGACAAGGCAGAGUGGGACAUGGAGCACCUGAUGGCAUCCCUGAUGUGGUGGUGGAGAUGGCUGAGGCGGACCUGCAGGCCUUGCUCUGCAGGGAACUGCGGCCCCUGGGGGCCUACAUGAGUGGGCGGCUGAAGGUGAAGGGUGACCUAGCUGUGGUCAUGAAGCUGGAGGCUGUCCUUAGGGCCUUGAAGUAGCAGUGUUGGUUGUCCACCCAUGACCUAACCGUGAACCUGGUGCCAAGCCAGAGAAGCCUCUUGGGAUAGGAGGCAUUGGUCUGGGCUGCAGAAAAUUGAAACCUGAAGGUGUUUCCAGCCCAGCCAGGAGCCCAGAAGGCUGGGAGACAACUGUUGCUGGUCAGUGCUGAGUCAGCUGUCCUGCACUUGAACCUGUGUGGUUCUCUGGACAGGCCUGUGCUCCAUCGAUCCCCGGCCAAGUGCUUAGUCCUGAGCUUGCUACGGAGUGAAGACGGAGCCCGGCCUGCCCUGCCCAGCUGGUAACUUGACUGGACAGACAAGAGGCACAGGAGCAGCCUGUAUGUCACCCAUGGGAAGGACCAGAGCACAUGGAUCAUGGCUCUGACAUCCAGGGAGAUCAGAGAGUAGGGAAAAGUGGGGAGGGCAGCCCCCCAAGAAGGGGUUGCUGCAGUGGAGCCAGGCUGCCCCUCUUUUCUAUUGACAAGCCAGAGCAGGCUAGGAGGGGAGGGCGUGGACAGAGGAGAGUUGUUUCUUCAGGGGGCCUGCUCCCGAGGACACCUGGUCUUGUCCACCAGCUUCAUCGUGCAUGCUUGAGGAGCUGGCUCAGGGCAGCAUGUGGGAGAGCCCUGCUAGUCUGUGCUUACUAGAGGCUUGAGAGCCUCUGACAAAUAAAUGUGGCAUUUACAGCGUG